UUUUAUUUUGCAUUCUGUUUUAUUCUCCUGUAUAUACUUUCUCUACUGUUAUCUAUUUGUUUUGAUUGUAAAGUGUCCUUGGGUAUCUUGAAGGCGCUCAAAAUAACAUGUAUUAUCAGAGACGGUUUACAUGAAUAGAGAAUCUUUGGUAUUAUUAUUACUAUUAUUACCAGCAGUCCGUUUGAGGCUUGCUUCAUGUGACAUGUGCAUGUGUUUACAUGUGACAUGUGAUUGAUUGUGUUGUUGCCUGGGAUACGACACGAUUUUUUUAAAAGUGGGAUCUCGCGGUGUUCUCUGUCGUUUGAUAUUUGAAUGCAAACAUUAAAAUUAUCUUGGAACUUCUCCGCACCUCGUGGUAUUUUUUCAGAUGAACACAACACAACAUGAAGUCAGAUCUAUUAUGAUUUACUUUACAAGUUACUUUAGAUAACUUAAUUGUUACUUGACUUGUGCUGUAAUGUAACUAUGAUAUCGUCUCAAAUAACUCUGAUUGUGAAAUAAUAUGAAUGCUGACGAUGUAUUACCAGGAAGCAAGAUGAAUCAGUCUUUUCAGAUCAACAACACAAUUUCACCUACUGGGUUACAUCAUGACAUCACUGGAGAAAAGCAUUGUCAGAGGAAAAUGGGCAAGGAUUCUGCCCAGAGUGAAGUUGGUGACGUGUAUUACAACAAGUGUGAUGAAGAUGAAUAUGAUGUAAGGAUAGUCAUCAAAGAGAACAGUUGCAAGACAACACCUGAGGAAUGCCAGACUCCCCGUUUAACUGACCAUCACCUCUGUAAUGGUGACAAGGAGCAAGCGCAGAACUUUGUGCCACAUGCCACACUCUACAUCGAACGAUCUGGGGAAUAUCUCAACUAUGAAGAGGAGCUCAACUAUGAAGUAGAACAGCUGCUGGAUGACAUUACAUCAGAUACUGUCCAACCCGAUACAGCUGGACAGCACUGCCCCCUUAGUGACAAGACACCUGCCAACGAUGAUGGCUCUGAGAUUGGUUGGCCCCUCAUGGGUAGUAAUGAUGAUUAUGAUGAAGGUGACUCCGAGAAUGAUGAGAAUCCCUGUCACCCCAUUCCGAUGAGAGCAUUCCCGAGGACACAACCGGUAACCAUUCGGCCAGACAGCACACAAUUCAUCAGGCUGUGGAAACAACCAUCAAAUGACCAGGAUGUUGGCAGCGCGAGACAAUGGGUCACAUCGCAUGUUCCUCUGGGUACUGGCUACAAAGGCAAAGCAGACCAGAUUAUCAGAGCAAUGAAGAACCACAGAUAUAAAAGCUAUUCCAAUGCCUGCGAAGAGAGAGAGUCACACGGCAGGGAAAGGAGACUACUACUAGAGCCCUGGGAUGUAUCGCUUCAUUGGCCAGCAUGUAACGAAGCAGAUGCUCGGCUGAAAGGGCAGGAGGCCAAGGAUGCUGAAGCAGAGCCGCCAACUGGACAGACGAAACCUACAGAAGGGAAAAAGGGAUCAGGAAAGGGCAAAAAGAUGAGCUUAAAGGAGCAGAGGAAGUUGAAGUCGAAGACGAAAAAGGAACAAGCCAGCAGCAGACUGCAAAGGAUUUUGUUAGAAUGCCCUCCUGGUUGCGAUGGCAAGGGGAGGGACAGCCCUUACUUCAGGUACUACACCGAUCUCCCCUACACAGAACACUUACCUGAGCCAGGUGCCAGUGUAACCUCGGCCCCAAUGCCGGGUCCUCUGUAUGACACGAAUGUGAAAACGAACAGCCGCGCCAGCCAAGACUCUAUCGAGCUGCGAGAGAAAGCUCGAGACAGAGCGAGAAAGAUACACAGAGAGCGCUGCCUGAGACGCCUGAUGAAAAACAGCGAAUGUUCAUCUGACGGAAGAGGAGAAUUGAUCUGCACCGACAAGACAGAUGAAAGGGUUACAAAGAGUGAACACGGGCAAGGUCUCAUGGCCAAAUCCCAAAAGGCACAAGCACUGAAAAGGGCAAAGAACAACAAAGUUGACGAAUGGAAAGGGGUUGAAGCUGAACUGCAUGUUGAAGAAGACACAAGCGAAAUCAUCAAAACUAAGAAAAAGGUCAAGUCGAGUAAGGAGAAACGAAAAGAGAGGCGCAGGGCAAAACAUGAGGAAUUGGUUACAUUGGAAGUUGAAAGAGAAGCUCAUACAGAAACAGAAGAAGUUGGUCAUGACAGUGAUGAGUCGAUGAAAAACUCUGACAAGUGUAUGAAUGCUGUAGACGCAGUUAUAAAGUUGGACCUUGCCGCUCAGACUGGAGGGAAAAACUGUGAUGACAUUCAAAACUGCAACAACAAUAAUAACAAUAACAAAAAGCUGUAUGACUCAAAAAUGGAGAAUGCCACUGGACAACACUCUUUGGAGAGACACUCGCAGCAUGGCCCAGGAGACGAGAAGGCAGCAGAGCCUCAGAUGAAUGUGGAUAAGAAUGUGGAAGGCAAGAAUGUUCAACAUUCCAGAGUAACUAGCUCUCCAUCAGGAAAACCUUUAGUUAUGGCAAAGAUUUACGACGCGGUAGCCCAGAACGGGGAAUUGGGCGACACAACUCAGGAAGCAGCAUUAGCGCAUGCCCCCCCAUGCGGGAAGGCCCAGGUGGAGAAGGCCACCGACAACAUCUCACACACGGACCGCUCGGCCAGUUUGCCUCAUCCGACAACAACCUCUAGCGGCCACCGCCACUGUGGGAGGAAGAAUAGGAGGGGGGCUGGAUCGCUCCAAGGCAGGGUGUCAUCCACAGACGGCAGCAGGGCCAAGGCUGCUGUCCGGGGAAACGAGGCCAACUGCUGCUGGAGGGGAGAGAGCACUGCCGCCGGUGACUGGGCAUGUCAAAACAAGGCCGGCAUGAGGCAAAUUGAGGACGAGAGGAGUAGUAAGCGAAGUCUCUGCAGAGACCGGGGGGAUUCAGACAAAUACAACUGCAUGUCUGAUGAAGGGAAAAAUGGCACGUUACCACCCAUGACCGUACAGGAUAGAAGCACAGAUUGCGUGAAUAGGCCUUCUGAGGAAACCACUGAGAAAUCAGGGAGGCAGAGGAGCAGACAGAAGCCACAUAGAUCAUCUCGCAAGGACAGAUCGCGGCGCCUCUUCCCAUCCAACUCAGAACAUGAUGAGAACUGGAGGAGUAGGAGACAUGAGAUUAAGGGUAUUCCAGAGAGCAUGAAAGAGGACCAUCAGACAACAGGUUCUUGGGAGGCCAACAACGCCGUAUGUGAGUCAGACCGCCUGUGCGACCCCGCCGUUCUGGUUUCGCCCCCUAAGCCCGAGCCUCACAUCCGGAACCGCCGGCUGUCCCCAGGUUCUGGCAUCGGAGGCGGAGGGGGAGGUGGUUGUGGGGCCGCAGGACCCGAUAAGCAGCAGCAGCCGACGCGACAGGCCUCGCCACCAUCAGCCACGCUCAACGGGACUGGCCAGCCGUACGCCUUCUCUUACGACCGCCGCGAACGCUACCACCAGAGGGGGGGCCACAUCAGAGGAGGCCGCGGCCCCCGGCGGGAGAGCCCCAGGGUGGGUGGCGGCCGCAUCCCAGCUGGUCCAGGUGCCAGCGGCAGCGGCGACAACAGUAGCAACAGUAGCAGCAAACCCCAAAGGCCCGGUCCGGGGCCCGUCCAGAAAGCCCGCUGGGUGGAGGACAGCCUGUCUCUGCUCAAACCUCCACCGGCCUUCCCUGUGAAGGACAGCCCAGCCAAGCUGCAGCCGGCCGUGAGUUACGCCUCCAAGGUGAAGGUGAAGGCCGGGGGUGCGGGGGCGGCGGCAGGGGGCACCGAGGAGCCCCCUGGCAUUGGGGUGCUGCUGCAGAACCAGUGGGGGCUUAGCUUCAUUAGCGACGGGCCGGCUGAGAACAGUCCCUCUUCUGUGGCCGCCGGCCCUGGCCUGGACCCUGCCCAAACCACCCCAGAAACCUCCCCUGCCGCCAUCGUAGGUCCCGCUUCAAACCCCCUCGCAGGAGAUAUGGACUCUGACAAAUCUACCCCUGUCCCAGCCCCCACUCCAGGCCCCGCCACGCCCUCCUUCUCCCUGGAGCUGUGCAGCAAGCAGGACGAGAGCUCCGGAGAACUGUUGCUCACCUGUCGCCACCUGGUUGAGGCUAUGCAAUACCACAUGCAAGAAUGGAACACUGUGUACAACAGACAGAAAGAAGAUCCUGCAAAAGUGGUCUGGUACAAGAACCCCCUGGAGCAGCCGGCCUAGCAUUGAGAUGCACCGACACUUUUUUUUUUUUUUUUUUUUUUUCCCUUCCCCUCCUUUUCUUUUUUUGACUUUUUACCCCCCUUCUUCCAUGUACAGACACACACGCCACUGUAUGUACCAAGCAACCCUGUUACUGCUUCCCAAUACAUGCAUACACGUACACGUACACAUACAGAUACAUGUAGACACACACUGCACUCAGGUUGAUCUUUUCGUCUCACAUCCCACAAUGAAAACCCUUUUGGUCCUAUCCCUUGAAGAGAGAAUUAAGUCUUGGACUUCUCGGUUGCCUUACAACAGAGCCUGCCUCAGUGAACUUGAUUUCUUGUACAUUGCUUGAAUGGAUAGCCUCAUUGGUGCCCCACCCAGUCCAACCCCACCCAUUUUUACUUUUUAAACUAACAGUAAAACUAUUGAAACUUUUAAAGAUAGGUCUGUGAGGAACUGUAAUUUUAUUGUAACAGAAAUUCACAUUCAACAGUUUUAUUCUAAAGAUGUCCUGGUUCUCAUCCUUGUUUUAGGGUUCCCUCUGAUAAUGCGAGUGGUCAAUCAAGCACUUUCUUAUCCAUCGUGAUUGUGAACAGAGCUUUCUAUUACACCCAUGUCAGACUGAUUGUAUUUUUUUAAAAAGCACAGAUUUAAAGUAUAUCUGUAGUACCUUACCCUGCGCACCCCAACCCCCCCCCUCUCCCCUCCUUCCUAAACUUUCACACGCUCGCAUAUAUUCUGUCCUCUUUUUUUUUUCUGUGUGUUUGUAUGUGUGCGUUCCCAUAAGGGAUUGCUAAUUGUGCUUUGCCCACGAGUUUACGUAUAGGUGCAGCUUGCACAGUGUGGAAGUUUUUUUUGCGUGUGUGAGGUGUGUGUUUUUUGUCCCCUUCCUUUUCUUUUUUUUUUUUUUUUUUUUCUUUUGUGGACACACCUAAUUUAGUUCAAUGUUCGGUUGAAUGUCAAUCAUACACCCUGUCUAGGAUCCUAGCUGAUUUUAAUAUGGGUUAUGAUUCGGGUUUAGAAUGGAAAUUUAUUAUAUUAAAAAGCCUACACUGGAGGAAGUCUUGAUGGUAAAUCAGCAGUAUUGAAAAAAUGGAAAAUAAAAGACAUUAUCAACAUAAAAGAGAA